GAGGUCUCGCGCCAGAAGAAGACGAGGAACAGAUUCUUAUGGUGUCUGCCACUUCAACCGUAAUCCUGGCGCCUCGGAAGAAAUCUAACGCGUCUCCGACCGAGUUGCGAUCGUCGGUGUCGGGAGGGUCCACGCUCGGCCCGGUCUCCGAGCACACCGAGAAUGCGAGCAACCCGGCCAUGGAGGCACUGCGCAACCUGAAGCCGCCGGCCAAGGGCGGCUCUCCGGCCACCGACGUCGACAGCAGCCUGAUGCAUGGCGUUCACGUGAGCGCCAUGCUUGCCGCCUGCCUGGGCUCGUGCGUUGCCGGCACGACGCUGGGCUUCGCGUCGGUCGCCAUGCCUUCCAUCGAGCGCGAGUCCUGGUACAACCUGGCAAACAGCGAGCCCGGAAACCACUUGAUCGCCGACUCCCUCAUGUUGGGCGCCGCCGGAGGCGCCCUCUUCUCGGGAUUUCCGCUGUGGAUCCUGGGAAGCCGGAAGACGAUACUGGCAUGCGCCAUGGGGCUGUCCGUCUCGUGGAUCGUGCUGGCAGCAUCCUUCAACCUGGUCGUGCUAUUCCUAGCGAGGCUAUCGUGCGGUCUGUGGCUCGGCCUCAUCACCAUCGGCGUCAGCCUGUACGUGGCCGAGGUGGCACCUGUCAAGAAACGGGCCUUCUACACAGGACUCACCGAGGCGGCUACCUGUUUCGGCAUCGCGGCGACGUACGCGCUGGACGGCUUGCCGUGGCGACUGCAGGCCACGCUGUGGGCCACGGCGUCCCUGUCUGUGUUGAGCGUCGAGAGGUGCCUGAUCGAGUGCCCGCGCUGGCUGCUCGCCCGGGGACACCAGCUCGAGGCCGACACCGCUGCCGCUCGCCUCUACGGCAUGGUCCGGCCGCCGGAGCUCAGACGCGGCAGCCUUGCUCACGAAGGCGUGGCCACAAAGGCUAGCCUGCAGCACCGCGCGUUAGCCAGGCGUCUAUCCACGUGCCUGGCGCUGCACCUGCUGCAGGGGGCUUCGUUCACGCAGCUUUUCCUGUGUCGCGGGAUGCAGACCAUGGCGAGCGUGGUGGAUGAGUUAGCGGUGCCGGUGGCUACCUUGGUCAUGACGAGCAUGCAGGCCGUUUUCGUCGUCGUGUUCGCCUCCCUGACGCGCAUCACGGGACGCCGACACCUGUUGUGCGUUUCCACGGCACUGAUUGCCAUCUGCUUCGCUGGCUUGCAGCCCUUCGAUCAUUUGACAUUCCGCCAAUGGUCACUGCGGGGAGUGCAAUUCCAAACCAGUUGGAUGGCCGUGUACUCAAUGAACCUCCUGGUGCUGAGCUACUCGGUCGGCCUCUGCCACCUGCCUCCGCUGCUUACCGCCGAGCUGCUCCCGGGUGCCGGAUAUUUGCACUACGUUGGCGCCCCUGUGGUGUGGGCCGUGCGCUGGUUCCUCGCUUUCAUCGUGCUCCACUACGGCCAAGCGUUCGUGGCGUUCGCGCGCAAAGGGCACAUGUCCAUCAUGGUCGCCGUGGCACUGGUGAUGCUGUGCGGUGUCCUGGUUGCCAUCAUGCCCGAGACGGAAGACCGAACGCUGACUGAACUCGAGAAGCGGGUAUGAAUAGCGUCCGCUACUCGUACACGAUAUUGUGACACUGGGGACAUGUGUCCCUGUUCACAGUGCAGCUAUUUAUUCGUUCGCUUGAAAUAAGAUUCGCGUUCUACAAAAAUCAGCGGUCAGUUGGUUCUUGAUCGUGGAUGCGCAGUUGCGCUGCAUAGCUGUAACGGGACGCAGUGUAAGAAAACACAACACACGCAAGACGAAGCGCAACCUAACAACUGUUUUAUUCACUUUC